AGUUGCAUCGCCUUUCGAUACCAUACCCCAACCAAGCAUGAUGGAAGCGUUCAACACAUGAACUUCUUGAGGAAGGGGAUUCGUAAAAAUCGAAGAUUUCAACGAACAUCGACACAAUCGGGACGAGUCGUUUUUUCCAGUAAUAAAAAUACUGCGAGAAUGGAAAAGAUUUAUAAAGGGAUGAAUUUUGGAAAGAGAGCUGGACAAGAUGAGGAUGGCGGAAAAAGAGAGGCUUACUGGAUCCUGGACACGGAUUAUGACACCUACAGCGUCGUCUGGUCAUGUCAGCAUGCCGGGAUUAUGAAUUUCCAAAACGUUAUGGUUCUUGGGAGAGAAAGAGAACCUCCGAACAGUGUGAAGGGACGAGCCUACGGAGCAAUAUUGAGUCACGGACUUAGCAUAAAGUUAUUGGUAUCCACGGACCAAAGCGAUUGUCCGGAACAGUUCUUGACGAAAUCUUCCCCAAAUAAAAAGAGUAGCAAGUGGAGGGCGAGAAAUGAGAAUAGUACGGUUUCAUUAAGCUGAUUUUUAAUAAAUAAAUAACAAUUUUUGGAAAUUUGAUUAAAUUUUUUAUCCCAAUUUUAUUUGGAACGAAGAGAUUGUAUUCAUUUUUUGACAAAUUUUGAAGACAAGUUUUGCAAAUUAUGUAAUCAGAAAAAUAAGAAAUUUCGGAAUUUUACUCCACUCCUUUCGAUAAGUUGUUGUUUACAAG